CAAAAAAAAAUGUUAAUGUUGUUUUCCAGCAAUGAAAUUGUUCGAUUUGUUGACGUUUAUUUGACAUAUGUAAUCACAGCUAUAGAAUGAAGAAAACUAAGCUAUAAAAAUGUGUUGUAGGAUAUUAGUUAUAGGCAUUUCGUACUCUUUAAUAAGUUUUUCAGGUGUGGCAUGCCUGUCGUCGGGGGAGUGCGUGGACCUGAACGGGCGGACCAUCUCGCACGGACUGCACUACGUCCCGGGGCCCGACACCUGCACCUUGUGCGUCUGCGACAACGGCUACCCCAAGUGGUGCAAGGCGGUGCUGUGCUCCCCGCCCCAGGACUGCAAGUCGUUCCGCGUGGGGAACUCGUGCUGCGAGUUCAUCUGCCUGGACGACACGCUGUCCAAGACGUCCCCGGAGGGGGGCGCGGGCGAGGGGGGCACGGACCUGGGACUGCGGCUGAUCGCGAGCACGGUCACCGCCGUGCUGUCCCUCUCGCUGCUCUUCUUCCUCAUCCACCGCCUGCGCCAGCGCAAGAAGCGAGGGCGACAGAACCGGCAGCUGAGCGAGGAUGAGCGCAGCCUCGGCAGCAUCGGCUACAUCGCGGGCAGCCUCACCUACCUCCCGGGCAGCAUGGGCUACCUGGGCUCCGUGGGCCAGGAGCACCAUCUGGAGUUCGCCUACGAGGAGACGCCCAGCCAGUUUCCCCUGUGGAAGCCCCCGGGCAACUACUUCCCCCACGGCGAGGCCCCCCCGCCCUACGAGGAGGCGGUGGCGGCCGCCCGCGCGGAGGCCGCCCUCGUCGCCGCCAACAACAACAACAACAACACGGUGGUGUUGAGCAACAACAACGCCGGCCACUCGAGUCUCGCCGGCCACCGCACCAUCCCCAUCAACCUGGCCACCAGCGGCAGCUUCCGCGUGGAGCCCUCGGCGCCGGCGGUGCCCGCCGCGGAGUCCCGGCGCUCGUCGCGCGUCGUCGAGGUCCCCCCCACGCCCCCGCCCGCCGAGGGGGAGGGGGCGGUCGCGGCCAUACGCUCGGACGCGUACUACGAGGACGCGGUGGUGGGCCUGCCGACCGCCCUCUCGCCGACGGAGAGCUCCGGCCCCGCCCCGGACGACUGCGACGACUACCGCAGCGAGUGCGAGAACUGCAAGAGCACGCGCGGCUCGUGCUACUACCUGGAGCGGGACGCGCCCCCGGAGACGAUGACGCUGCAUCGCCGGCCCCAGGACCACGAGGACGAGCCCAGCUACUACCGCACCUCGCUCACCCUGCCGACGCACGCUCGCCGCCUCAGAGCGGCCCCCUCGAGAGGAGCCCCCACGGCGUCCCUCCACGGCGCCCGGGAGAACUGGUUCAGCAGCAUGCCGGCGUCGUCCACCUCGUCCACCUCGUCCGAGGAGGAGUGAGUGUCGGUCGCUCGACGGCUGUCUGGGGGCCGCCGGCUGGGAGUUCACUCCGGCCCUGCCGACACGCUCCGGGUAGUUCUCGUUUCAGGAGCAGUCUUUGAGUGCGACGAGUUUGCCAAAGAAUUUGCCAACAUACUCAUUCCAUGAUUUUAGUUAAUUUUAUUGAGAAAAAAAAAUUUUUUUUAGUAUUAUCAAUUUAUACUCAUUGGUUUUUAUAGAAUUUUUUUUUUUUAAUGAAAAUUUUAACUAACCGAUGUUAUUGCUUUUCGUUAGGUUUUGACGUAUGUUUUAUUUACUACAUUUUAUAUGGAUAACGUUAACGGCAUGUUGUGUCGUGACCCAAGUGUUACCCGUUACAGUUAAGAAAUGUUUUUAACUUUUUUUAAUUUACACUGCCAUGAUCAAAUAAGUGUUCUGGGAUGAGUUAAUGACAAAUGGGUUUGCAGAAACAUGUCUCUUACUCUUUGUAAAUGUUUUUAACUUUUUUAAUUUACACUGCCAUGAUCAAAUAAGUGUUCUGGGGUGAGUUAAUGAAAAAUGGGUUUGCAGAAACAUGUCUCUUACUCUUUGUGCUGGAAGCCAGUAAGAAGGCUUGUGCGAAUAUUCAAAUUUUUGAAUACAAAUAGUCAAAUAAUAAACUGUUCAUAUUCAAUUCAACCUCAAAUACUUACUUUUCAAAAUAACGUAUAUUAAUUUCCUUACAAAUAUUUGACAUAGCACAACUCAUGAGUUUGUCGUAUACCAAUGUUCACUGUUGAAGUUAAGUCAUUUGUGCGACAUAAAUACCCUUUUUGACGUGACGUCUAAUAAAUCGAACGCCGGCUGCACGCACGUAAAAGUGUCCCAUUACGCACAUUGUUCCAUUACGCUGUGUCCCGUUACACUCAUUGUACGCUUGCGCCGCAUCUAUCUCUCUUCCACUCGACUGUUUAUAAAGUGAAGUGAAAAGUUAAUGUGGUUUUCAUUGCUUAUUACAACAAUUUCGGCAAUAAAGGUUAAUUAUUCUUGCAUUUUAAAAAUCUGAUUACUAGUAUAUUUCAAGUAUUUAUUCUUUUAUUAUUAAAAUAAAAAUGAUUAAAUUCUAUUCAUAAAGUAUGCAAUCAUUUCAUCAACGUUUUGUUAUGACGUCACGUUAAACUAUCGUCCGUAAACCGACUUUACAGACAACCAAUUUUUUUUUAAUGUUUUAAUGGGACUUCAUUAUCAUAAAGAUUAACAAUAAGUGAUGUUUUAAACUUACAACUAGUAUUCAAAAUAUUAUUUGUAUUAUUUUCAUCACACGCACCAGAGUGUAAAAAAUAUUAAUGUCAACAAACCAUGGACUACAACACCACAAAAUACGGACACUCCAUUGUAUAUGUUUUCCAUAUAAUUAUUAGGGGUGUGCGAAUACUCGAAAUUGCAAACAUUCGUGCGAAUCGAAUAUUUGAUUUGAUUCACAUUCGAAACCAAAUUAGGUAUUUGAAAAUUUCAAAUAUUCGAAAGUUUUCGAAUGUAUUAAAAUAUUACUUUUGUUUGACAAAACGUGUGAUACAAUAAUAUGUCGAACCUCGAGAAAUCAUUUUCCAAGAGACUUAAUGGAAGAAAAAAAACUGUAAGCGGACCUUUACUUACAUCAAAUUUUAGGUUAGGUAAAUGGGCAUACUGAGAACAGUUAAAGCCAAUGUAGCGUGAAAAUUAUCAUAAAUGCUUACGAUUUUACUGCAAACUUUACGUGAUGUGUAGCAUAAUUAUUUUAUUAUAUCCAGUUGCUAAUACAAAUCUAGAGAAUUUUUUUUAACGAUAGAAAAGUAAGCACAGCGGCCAUCAUGGCUACAGCGUGUCCGUUUGUGGUUAUGGCCACCAGAGCGGCCUAUGGCCAGAGACUUGUGUUGCUAGAAUUGCUCCAGCGCAAUUGCUUUUUAAACUACCGAAAAUGUUACGUAAAUAAUUAGAUAAAAUUAAAAAGACAAGAUAAAGAAAAUUCAUUAAAAAUUAUUUUGCCUUGACACGUUUAAUUCCAAAAGACUGAAAACGGAAUAUUGACCAUGCUUACUAGCAGUUGUAAAAAAACAACUCUUCGAUAUAUCGAUUGUUAAUCGCUUGAAUAUUUAUUGCGGAGAAUAAAACUGAUACUUCGAAGAUCUGUUUACUUUCAUAAACUUUCUUUGCCGUUUUUAAUUUUCAGAAGAAGUGAAGUUCUGGACGUAAUUUUUUGAUUCCUGCAUUACGAUAUUCGUGUUUCCGCUGGUUUAAAUUCAAAAUACAACUGGUACAAUGAAUAACGACGACGAAGAUGUUGAUACUAAUACCGCACUGACACGCAAAAGAAGUGUUAUAUGGUCUAAUUUCUCACAAUCAGAAGAUAAGACAUUUGCAAAAUGCAAAUUAUGUAAGAAGGACUAUAAAACUAAACGAGGUAAGUUCGAAAUUAGCUUAUAAGAGAGUGUUAGGAUUGCAUGAUAUGUGCAUUUUUAUUUCCCUUUGUCUCCUUUAAUGAGUACAAUUAAAACAGUCUUCAAUCACACAUGAUUUUUAGUAUUUGUUGUUUGCAUUUGGUAAAGUUUGAGAAGAAUGCCUCGAUGCUAAUCUGUUCUAGUUAUUUUAAGUGAUAAUAGUACAAUACGAAAUGCUUAUGGAAACCCAACUUACAAAAUGUGAAUAAUUGUCUUGCACCCUGAACCCAAUAAUUAACUUAACUUUUAAUGAAUUUUACAUUUACAAAUUAUAUAACUCUGGUUUUCAUGUAAUUAAAAUUUGAAUGUGCUGACAAUGUAAUGUAUAUAUGUAAUGUAAGUACAAACAUUAUAUUUUGUCAUUAGGUACUACAACACCUUAUAAACCACAUCAAGUCCACCCACCCCAUUGAAUGGAAGACCUACUGUUCUGAAAUGGCCAGCCUGCAACAGCAGGCUCCUCCUGUCAAGAUCAGCAAAACUUCACAGCUCAGUAUUGAUGCUGCUUUCAAUAAGCAGUACAAGUGGGCACCCAACCACAGUGCAGCACAGAAAAUUACAAAGCAGAUUGCAAGAAUGCUUGCUACAGAUCUUUUACCGUACAGUUUUGUAGAAGGAGAUGGCUUCAGAAAUUUGAUGAAGGAAGUAGCUCCUCAGUAUCAAAUUCCUGCUAGAACAACAUUUUCCACCAACUAUGUAACAAAAUUGCAACAAGAGGUAAGGUCUCAACUGAAAGCUGAAUUUGUGCAUGACAUGACAAGUAUGUCCAGUUUGUCACUUACAACUGAUGCUUGGACAUCCAAGGCUGGAGAUAGCUAUGUAAGCAUCACUGCCCAUUACCUCACUUCAGAUUUUUCAUACAAAUCAUUCCUGAUGGACAUAAUCAACAUGAACACAUCACACACAGGUCAGAAAAUUGCUGAAGAGUUGAGUUUGUCAGUGAAUUCCUGGGGAAUAACCGUAACAGAAACAACUAUUCCAAUAUACUGUGUGACAGAUAACGGAGCAAACUUCCAGCUUGCUUCACGACUUCUGUUUGGGGAUAAAGCCCGUGUUUGCUUUGCACACUCUCUACAGUUGUCUAUAGAUCACACCUACCGCGAAUGUCAUGGAGCAUCAAAUCUCUUGGCAAAAGCAAGACAGGUGGUUGGUCAUUAUCGACGCAGCAGCAAAGCCAGGGAAAGCCUUCACAGCCAGAUGGAACAAAUGGGUCAACCUGUUUUGGAAAUGAUACAACAUGUUGACACUAGGUGGUCGUCAGAUUAUUCUAUGUUAGAGAGGCUUCUUCAAAUAAAAGCACCACUGGUUGCAGACCAAAUAAACACUGAUAGCACAGAAAUGUUAACUAGCUCGGAAUGGAAGCAGAUGGCUGGAAUAGUGGCCAUUCUUAAGCCUCUUGCUGAUGCCACUCGAGAAAUAAGUGGCAAUUUAUAUCCAACAUCUUCCAUGGUUAUUCCUAUGUUAAAAUGUCUGCACAGUCACCUUAAUGAUUACAUUGAUAAAAAGGCUGAUGGAGUUAUUUUUGCGAAAUGUCUUUCAAAACAUCUUUUGGCACAAUUUCCAAAUUACAUAGAAGACAAAGUAUUUCUCGUAGCAAUGAUUGUUGACCCUAGGUACAAAGAUGCAUUUGUUAGCAAGAUUGUUGCACAAGCCACACUCAAAGCGCACAUCAAACACAUUGCAAGAUGUGAACAACAUACUACACACAAUCAGAAGUUGGGUGACCCCACCACCUCCGCCAGUACAUCAGGACUUUGGUCAGCACUUGACAAACUUCCCAACGAAGAUUUACAAGACAGUGACUGUACUCAAGAAAUACAAACAUAUUUGACAGAGAAACGUAUCCACCGAACAAGUGACCCGUGGAAAUGGUGGGAAAACUUUGGUAAAACAAAGUUUCCAAACAUAGCGAAUGUUGCUUUGAUGUACCUGAGUAUACCUGCAACUCAGGUUGCUUCAGAACGUUGUUUUUCUGCUUCUGGGAACAUUGUCACUUCCAAGAGGCAAUGCCUGGAUCCAGAACAUGUGAAGGAAUUGGUCUUUUUGCACUGCAAUUUACAUAAUGUUGAUGGCAAGGUGUAGGCUUGGCUUUUGAUAAAGACAUUUCUAUAUCACUGAUUGUGUUUUAUUACUAAACCAUUAGAAGAGACAUAAAAAUAUACAUGUUACUUGAGUAAUAAAAAUGUAUAUAAAGCUAAAGAACAUUACUCUUUAAAAAAAAAACCAUAUAUAAUAUGACAAAUUUUGACAAAUUAUUUAGAUUUAUACCUAGAACUUAAUUAGAAAAUAUUCGCAAAUUAUUCGCUAUUCGCAAAUAUUUGAAAUUAUUUGAUUCACAUUUGAUUCGCAUUGAAAAAGUCACAUUCGCACAGCCCUAAUAAUUAUUGUAGCUCUUUUAACGUAACCAACUUUUUACUUUAUAUUAUUUGUCUAAUUUUCCAGAAGUUGUUACAUGAUGUGAAAAAAAUUUUUUAGUGGUAUUCUGUCAUUCUUACUAUUCAAAUUCAAAAUUCGUAUUCACGAAUAACUUGGCAUUCGUAUUUGAUUUGAACUAAAAAAAACUGAUAUUUGCACAUGCCUACAACUAAUCCAGCUACGUAUCUUGGCGAUAACAGUAACACUUUGUGCAACCCAUUGUUUGUUUUUCAUGUGUGACAAUGUUUUCUACCGUGAAACAUUUUUAUUUAAAACUAAUUUUUAUUGUUUUCAAAACUGAUGGUGCCAAUAAUAUUUUGUGGUAAGAAAGUUUUAUUCAUCUUUACUGCCAGACUCUUAAUUAUUUUGUUGCUAAACACUAAGUACUAGUUUUUACCAAUGAUUUUGUGUGACAUAUAUUUACAUAAGAGUACAAUUGUGCACUAUGCACACCAUCUUGUCUGAUCAGCUCGAACAAACUUUGUGUUCAGACUCCAUGCAUUACGUUAAUUCUUGUACCUCAUAAUGUCAUAACUCCAUGUCAAGUUUGUAUUAUUGAAAUUUUAUUGUUCUUUGUAAAAUCAUGUAGUCACAUCUUUGUGAAGUUUAAGUGUGGUCGUAUUGGCUCUGCCGAAGUGUCUGAAAGUGUGCUCUACCUACGGAUAGCAGUAAUUUUGCCUGGUUGGUUUGUGUGUUGUGGUAGCCCUGAUUCGAAGCAGACUGCGACGUGAAGUCUAUUGAUGUGUGAUGUUAGUACCUUGCGGAGGAGUGAUUUUUUAAAAUAUUUUCUACUGGCUUGUGCUGUUAGCAAACAAAACUGUCUUAUGCAGAAGUAGAUGGGGAUAUAUGCACUUGAUCCCAUUUGUGCAAACAUGGGACCGGCAGAGUACGUAUUAGACGUGUGUACAAUGUAUAACUCACAUUUUUUUCUUGUGGGUUUAUUAAUAUUUGUGCCACAGGGUUUAUCAUAGUAACGGGAGAUGUGAUUAAUUGAUUAGAUCUGUUUUAAAUGCCAAAAACUACCAGUAUUUACCUUACAGAUGUUUAAGCAUCUUCUAUCCGUAAAUAUGUCUUAUCCUAGUGUGAAAUGUGCAGCUGGGUUGUUGAAUUAUGUCGUCUCUUAACAUUAUACACUGCCAAUUUUUAACUAUGUAUUUUGUUGCAUUUUUGUAUGGCCAAUUUUAUUUUUACAUUUUUACCCCUCAUUGUACUGCAUUUAUAAGCUUUAAGUUUUCUUUAUAUUUUAUUUUUGUAAUAUUUAUUUAGUUAAGGUAAUAUUUUAUAAACCUUCGUGUAAGUUUCUUGAGCCUAAUGUGAUGCAUCCGCGCUGAAGCGAGACGAGGCAUGUGGUGUGCUGACGGUGCGAGGCACUUCUGUUCAAUGCACUCAUCUUUGCAGUUCAUUCAACUUGAGCCACAGGUUUUGCAGUUCAGAAAGUAACGCAGGAAUUUUAAUCAUACAUUAAUAUACUGUUUUAUUGUGAAUAUUUAAACCGUCAGCAAAUGUAGGUGCUCGUUAAAACUCGAGAAAUUAAAUAACGCAGAGUUACGAUAAUUAGCUCAUUGUUUGAGUAGUGCGUGAUGUGUUGUUGAGUCAAGUCAGCGUGCAAAUAAAGCUCAUUUGUGUUUCAUGAAUGUGAUAGUGAUGGUUUCACUUGUUGGUUGAAUAAUUUUCAGAUUUUCUACAAAUUUAUCAUAGUUUACAUUUACAAAACCUGCUAAAGUAUUAUUUUACUGCAGUGCUGUAGAUAAAAGGACUUUUUUUUUUAUAACCACAAAUGAACGUGUUCUAAUUUUUUAAAUUGUAAAUGUACUCAAAUUGUAUUAGAAGAAUUUAAUUUGUCCCUCCCCUGAUCAUCCGCCCUAGCCAUGACUAGUCACCAAAACACCAUCUGCAAAAGUGUUCAAAGACUGAAAGAUGGCAUACAAGAUUAUGACAUUUCACCCUCAAAUUACUAUCUCUGAGGAAUCUCCAUGAAUUUUUCAGAUUUUUAAGUAAAUUCCCAGACUUUCUAGAAUGUGUACACCCUGUGCCAGUAUUCGAUGUAAUUGAGCUAAUUCAGUCAACAGAUUUCAGAUUGUCAUUGUUAUAAAAGUUGCCAGAAACACGUGUUGGUUUGAAAUACAAAAUUUCCACGUACGUAUUACAUGUUUAACUGUUUCGGAAAUGCCUUAUUUCUUAAUAGCUUCUCCGAAACCAUAUUAAAAGUAGAAUCUAUAAUCGUUUAUCAGUUAAAUAUUUGCUGUGGAAGGUCAGAAUCGAAUUUCCAGUCAUUUUUAAAAUCAAAUAUUUGCUAUUUCAAACACUAUUUUCACACCAAAAUUAUAAAUGUUCAGAUGUUUUAAUCCAAAAUGUUUGAUAAUGUUUCCAUAGUAAUUUUAAUUUCAUUUAAUACCAAUUCCUGUAUUAAAAAAAGUUAUUUAGUUACAGUAUCCAAACUGAAAUUUACAAAUUUGUGUUUCUGGACCGUCAAAAGCUUUUCCUGACAUUUCCAGCUUAACUGUGAGAACAUUUGAAUUCCCUGACUUUUCCAAGUUUGUAAAUGAUCUGUUGCUUGCUUGGUGCAGGACGCUGGUGUCUCGGAUGUUUUCAUGUCUGGUUGUUCUGUUGUGUUGGUUUGUUCAUUCGUCAUCCUGCUACUUGGUGUGUAAUUCAAUUUUAGUGUAUUUCUGUGAUAACUAAAAAAAACAUCUAUGGUAAUUUUUAAUGAAACUAAGGUGUUUUUCCCUGUCCAAAAAAUGUUACAUGCUCGUGAACCCUGCCAGCAGGCUUAAACGUGACAGUGUGUUACGACAGAGUUGCGGGUAUCACAGAUACAUCACACGAUUAGUUUGUAAGUGAACCUGUUGGUUACUCUUCGCGACGUGUGGAUCUCGCAAAGUGUUCGAAUGGUGUGCAAAGGAUGAUCGGUCGGUGACUAUCGAUAUUCUUACGUAAGAUGUGGUCAUGAGUGUUACUUGCUUCGUUUGUAGUUCCAAGCGUAGCUAGCAGUCUCUGUGUUUCAUUUUGAGUGUCCAUGCUGCAUUUACUUCAUAGACGUGUAUUUAUCUAUUUAUUUUCAAGGAAAAAUAAGAAAAAUUGUUAAAUGGUUGUAAUCAUAAUUUAACUAAUGUGUUCUGUGUGCUGUGAUGAACUUUACAGUGUAUGAUGUAGUGGGCCUACAAAAUGUUAAUUGAUUCUCAUUAUCUUCCAAGACCUUGUUCACAGAGUGUGUACAAAAGUACUUUUUAAUGUAUUGACUUUAAAUAAUUGUGUGAAUGCUGUAGGGAUGAAUUAAAAAAAAAGUAAAAUACAACAGAUUGAAGGAUUUUACUACA